CGCGAAUUGAUUGUACCAAAAUGUGACAUGGGUCAGGCAAUUAUCAAGAAAAGUCUACCUUGUUCAAGGGCUAAGAAUUCAAACAUUUCAACAGCUUGAAGAACAAACCUGUUGAUCAAAUGUUAUUCAUCGAGCAUCUAUCCGAAGCUAUCACCAAGCAGAACUCGAUAGUCACCGCUCUCACACGCAGCAUACAGAAUAUGUCUCUCCACUUAAUGAAGUAAUCAUUGGUAGAAAAGCUUGGAGGUUGGUUUACUAAAUUCAUAGUGACCGCCUGAUAAGCUUUUUGAGUACUCUGGGAAUAUGACUUUUUGUCCACUGGAAAACUAGUUGAAGUAACACAAUGGAAGUGUCGAUUCAUUGAGAUGAGGGAGUGCCAUUAGGCAAGAAAUUACAACUUUUUUGCUAUAGAAUUUAGCCUGAAAUGAUCACCGAUCGGAGGUUGCACUGUUUUAACCUUUCGAGUUAUCAGGCAGGCAGGCAUUGUUUACUUACUGUCUCGCUUACGCCUUCCUAACCUUACCAAGAGUUCGAGGUAGUCACACAAAAACGGCCUUCGAUCUAUCAAACUACGAUCGAUCAUGAACAUAGAUCGAACUCCAUUCCCCAUCAGCGACUUAAUUCCUCGUGCUGUAAAAGCCGCAAGUGCCGUCUUCAAGAAGGUAUUUCUUGACGACGUUGGGCUUCACUGACAGGCUACAGAUCCGACACACGAUCGGCACUCAAACUCCAGAGGAAGUCGCUAUGGGGGCGGAAAACCGGGAACGUCGUAAACGGUGUCAGAGAUGGAUUGAAUCGGGUGGCUAUGUUACAGGUUAUGUCGGUGGAGCUUCCCGGACACUGUCAAUGUCAGUGAACAAUUCGAAGUUAUGGAAGCCGAUUGAGGAUGAAGGACAGACUUCCAACGUACCUAGAUUUUCUGGUGACAUUCAAACACUAGAAGGUCGAGUAUCAAAAGAAUCAAGAAUCAAGAUCCACUAUGCUUGGAUGGUCAGAGUCGGUCACGUGUCGUCGGAUCAAUCUCGGGGGGAUACUCGGAGGAAUUAUGUACUUCGGUCGGAGUACAGUGUAUUUGACCGGUUACUGAUCACCAAAGUCCUGAAAAUGAUUCAGUACAUCCAAUUGGCAAGGUUGGGCAAAAUCUCAGCCCGUUGUUUACUAUUCCCGGUACAAAACUCACUUCGGGGAUAAGGGAGCUGCUGAGAAAUCCCCGAACUCGGGAUGGAGUAUCGACCCCACCAUUGCAUUGCAUUACAUAGCCAGUGCUAUGGAUGGUAACUUCUCCCUUCACCCCUCUUCCCCAGUUCAGAGGAGGCAAUCUGAGUAUCUUCUCUCUACCAAUAGCUUGCAGGCCUUCUAAUCCUCAAGCCUAACACACCAGUCAAUUCCACAAUCAUCCACGCAAUGCCCUCUUACCCCCAACCCAACCUCCCCGACCCCGCGCACCACGACGUGGACUCUAUGCUGAGCAGGAAAUUCGGGCGCGAAGUCGCCAACUACUUCUCUGGCAGCCCCCUAAACCGAGUCUCCUUCCUACGAGCAAACCACGAGUUCAUCACUAAAGCGCUCGUCCACCCCAGCACAUCCUUCCUGCUAUUCAACGACCUAGCGCCCUUGGCUAAAGACCCUACACAGCUGGCAUAUGUAGCACACAAGGAUGUUAAGCCAUUGAUCGGGGAGAAUCCGUUUGAGAAGUCAGAGGAAGACAUGAUUAAGGAGUAUAAUUCUGCUAUAACAUUACCGUUGGUGCUGUUUUUGGGAUUGGAUGAGAAGAAGAAGGACGGUUUCGAGCAUGGAAUAUACAAAGGGAGACCAUUCUUUGCAGUGGAUGUCACGCCGAGGGGAACGGUAGAGAAGGAAGCCAAUGGAGUCAUUGAGGCUGCGAAGGCGACUGGAUCGACAUUUAUUGAGGGUCGUAUGCAUAUGACGCUGAACGCUCCGGAAGCUGCCAUCUACGCCCAAGCACGAGCUCUCCUGGACUGGAAUGCCAGGAACCCCUUCUGUGGAGGCUGUGGCCAGCCAACAUUAUCCGUCAAUGCAGGCACGAAACGGGUCUGCCCACCAACAGACUAUUCAUCCCUCCCCAACGCCCAAGGAGGAGCGACCACCACCCUAGAAACUCCGCGCGAGCGCCUCGCUUGUGUAACUAGAACAGGAAUAUCCAACCUUUCUUUUCCACGGACAGAUCCCACUGUGAUCAUGGCUGUGGUUAGCCAUGAUGCGAAGCGCGUGCUUCUGGGUCGCCAGAAGCGAUGGCCACCACAUUGGUAUAGCACACUCGCCGGCUUUUGCGAACCCGCCGAAUCAGUCGAAGAAGCCGUACGGCGUGAAGUAUGGGAAGAAGCUGGUGUAUAUCUCGGCCGGGUCGUUAUUCAUUCCACACAGCCGUGGCCGUACCCCGCGAACCUGAUGAUAGGAGCCAUUGGACAAGCGUUACCAGAUGGCGAGAAGAUUCAUUUGGAGCAUGAUCCAGAAUUGGAAGAUGCGAAGUGGGUUGAGAUGGAUGAGAUUAGACAGGCGUUGAAGGUUGGUACCAGUGGACUUGGGGAGCCAGCUGGGGAGGGCUAUGUGGAAGGGGGACUGAGACUUCCUCCACGGACCGCGAUUGCGAAUCAACUGUUGCAGGCUGUGGUAGGUGGGUUCUUGGGAGAGUCACCGAAAAUCUAAGUUUCGUAGACAUAUGGAAAAUUAGAUGGAGAAUAUGGGAUAUGUAUGUAACUAUCUAGAUGUAGAAACGACAUGAUAUAAAACCGGGUGAGUGUGCA